UACUUUGUCAUUUAAAACGCUGUUCACAGAUGAUGUCAUCUAACGAUCUUGAAAAAUCUGGACAAGAAAGAAAUACCCUUAAUUUUAUUUCAAGAAAGAAAAAAAUGAAAACAUGAGCUUUUAUAUGUAUCUUUGUUUUUUACUUAAUGUAAACAUAAUUAAAGGAUUUUUUUUCGUUAUUUGUUUAUGGCAUUUUGUGAUUUCGAUGGAUCAAGGUAAUGUAGGAAAUUAUGUGUGUAUUUUAAAAAUACUCGGUUCCGAUUUUGUUUUAGUCAUAAAAUUUGUUAGUGGAUUUUUUUUUAUUUUCGUAUGAAACAAAGAAAAUAACCUUUGCUGCCCGUUCAUUUGUUAGUCGAAUAAAAGUAUGUUAACGGAUAGAGAAACCUCGCUGCUUAUAUGAUUAGCCAGGCAAAUCGUAAUUAAUCCAUAACAGUUUUCUUUGCAUUAUUAAUUUACUUUUAUAAUUCACAACGGAAGGAUAUACUAGUUACUUUACAGCAAACACACACAAAAUAUUGACGGCUACAUAGAACUUUGCUCAAAAUAAGUAAGGAAACGAAUCCUAAGCGAUUAAGCAAAUUUAGAGAUGAUAGAAACCAGUCGUAAAAUAAGAAAACAGGAAACCUAUUUCACAAAUGACCAUCCCGUCCCAAGGACGUUCCCAGCUGUUUCGAUAAUAUCAGGUUCCGUUCCAAUAAAAAAAGCCAAAGAAGACAAUACCUAUAUGAUUAAUAAUUAAAUAGACAAAGUAAAAUCAAUUGGUAUACCAGAUGUAUUGUCUAUGAAAAAACAUAAUGAGGUUUUCUUGAGUUACACUGCUGUUCAUAAUGAUUUUUUUAAAAAAAUUAUUUUUACAGUUUAAAAAAAUCAAAUCUGAUAAAAUAACAAAACGAAUAAAAGAUGGCAAACCACAGUUGGAUGGUUUAUGGGUUGUUGUUAUGUGGUAUCUGCAGGAUGGCAGAAGCCCGUCUUGGAAAAGUUGGAAACGUUAGAAAUGAAGCAAAGCUGCAUCAAGAAAGCACUGCUAGAAUAUUUUCCUGGUUUGCACCUGUUGAUAACAAUGGAGAGGAUCCUUCUACGUUUAAAUACCGGGUCCAAUACUGUGAACUUAAUCUGCCUGAUACUUGCAGAAAUACAAGCUUGAGUAGCAACACAAAUGCUGAGUUAACUGGUUUAAAAAGAAAUACACCUUAUAGUUACCACAUCUUUGUUUUCGACAAAAGCAAUGUGACUGGUGAAGUUGCCGAUGGUCCAUUUCGAACUUUAAAUAGAAAUACAUGUUUGGACACAGAAUUUACUUGCAGUAACUUUCAAUGUAUACCAAGUGACAGAAAUUGUAAUGGUCUUUCAGACUGUGCAGAUGGAACAGACGAGACAACUUUUGCAAGUUGUGCUCCACCGGUAACUAAACCAUCGUUCAGAGAAGGCGUACCAACAUCUCCAAAAUCAGUAAAAGUGACAUGGAAUGUGAUCAGAGUACUUUCAGAUAGAAUCACAUCCUACAUUGUUGAAAACACAAACACUUCCGGCCAGCAUGAAGUGUCACAUCCACAAAAUUCACCAGCAACUACUGAGCUAUCUCAAACGUUUAAUAAUCUGUUAUCAAAUCGUGCUUACAGUUUCCGAGUUCGGGCAAAAAAUCCUGCCGGUCUAGGACCAUGGUCAGAUAUUUUAACAGUUAGAACGGAGAGGGCAGAACAAAUUGGAAAAGUCGGUAGCUUGAAUGUGGAAGGUAAACCUUAUAAUGAAAGAACUGCUGUGAUAAUAUCCUGGUUGCCACCGGUAAAUGAUAACAAUGAAGACUCAUCUAUGUUUAAAUAUGUUGUUGAGUAUUGCGAACUCAACAUGGAAACCACAUGCAGAAAUUUAACAGCAACAUCCAAUACUUCAGCCGAAGUUUCAAACUUGAGACCAGACUUCUUUUACAACUACUAUGUCCAUGUUUUUGACUCACAAAUGAAAGCUGGAGUUAGUGCUGAUGGUUUUUUCAGAACAGAUAAGCGAGAUACAUGUCGAAGCAACGAAUUUGCUUGUAGUAGCGGCGUAACACAAUGUGUGCCACGGGGGCAAAGAUGCGAUGGUCUUGUAAACUGUCGAGAUGGUUCGGAUGAAACUACUGCUGCACAAUGCGCUCCUCCUCUAAAUACUCCAACAUUUGUUGAAGGGAAAACACUAUCUUCAAAAUCCGUCAAAGUUACAUUUAAUGUUAUUAAAGCUCCUUCCGAUAGAAUUACAGUUUAUGUUGUACAGAACCUGAACACAUCUGUUCUAAUGGAAAUCCCAGCUCCUAGAUUUUCUCCAGCUAUAACAAAUUUAACAACUACGUUUCGUAAUCUUCAAUCAAAGAGAACGUAUCAUUUCAAAGUGCGAGCAAAGAACCUGGCCGGCUUAGGACCUUGGUCAGAUCUCUUAGCAAUUGACACUGCCAAAGCUGAUGUUGGUUUAAUUGGCCCUGUGGAAAACGCAACAGCUUUCCCAAUUCAGUUUAGCGAAACCACAGCUGUAAAUAUAUCUUGGUUGCCACCAACAGAUUUAAAAAACAAUUCUGUAGACGCAAUAACAUACCAAGUAAACAUUUGCCCAGAAGGUAUUCAAUGUACAGUAUUUACCGUGAAGAGUGACAAAACCUUUGUAGAGGUAACUGGCUUGAGAAUAUUGACUGCUUAUGAUUAUUUGGUAUAUGUUUUUAAUGAAAACGAUGAAAAUGAUCCGAACCUUGUGAUGAAAAAAAGUUAUCACACGCGGGCGAGAGACCGAUGUCGUGCUGACAAUUUUAUGUGUGUUGGUUCAAAUCAAUGCGUUUUAAGGGAUAGGUUAUGUAAUGGAAUCCUUGAUUGUAAUGAUGGAAGUGAUGAAUCUGUUGGUGCAUUAUGCGCUUUGCCGCCUCCCGUGGAGAAUCUUUUCGUUAAAAACACCACUUCGUCGACCGUUACUUUGCAAUUUAAUCCAGUGUUGCAACCAGAACAUCGUGUAAGGUCAUACAGAGUCCAAAAUUUCAAAACAAAUGAAGUUAAAGAAGUAUCUCAAGGUCUACAAGCAUUUAGUCCACCAAAAGUGAUUACAUUCAGCGGGCUAAACAAAGGAACACGAUAUACGUUCAGAGCAGCAUCUGUUAACCCAAGCGGUCCAUCGGUAUGGAUAAAUGUAACAGCGAUCACAUCAGGACCUUCAACUGGACAGGCUGCGAACGUAGGGCAUACAUUCAAGAAAUAUGAAGAAACAAGAACGGUGAUAAUCAAUUGGCAACCUCCAAUAGAAUUGAAUGGCAAUAAGGCAUCUGAAUUAACUUAUAUGGUGGAAUAUUGCGUGCUUAACAUGGCUACUACUUGCAAAAACACUUCUUUGACAUCUGAAACACAAAUGGAAAUUACAGGGUUGGACAAACCGCUAUACCAAUAUCGUGUUCACGUGAAAAACGUGGACGAUAUAUAUGGAGAGACAGAAUACAAGUUUCUUAGAAUGCAAAAGAAAGAUUCAUGCAUGCCAGAGUUCUAUACGUGUGUUACUUCAAAUCAAUGCAUUCUUCAAAACCGUACUUGUGAUGGAAUAGCAACUUGUGGAGAUAGAAGUGACGAAACAAAAGACGCUGGUUGUGCUGUACCUGGAUCAAUUCCAGGAGAACUUCAGAUAGCAUCUGUAACAAAGGACAGUAUAACUUUCGGAUUCAAACAGGUCCUUAAAAGAGAUCGGGCUACGCACUAUGAAAUUCAGCUUCACGAUAAGAUUAUUAAUACAACAACAGUAAAUACCGUUAUGGAAGAUUUGGUUGCACUUCAUGAAAGAAACACAAUAUUUGAAAACUUAAUCAGUGGAACAACGUACUACAUAAGAGUUCGUGCAGUAAAUCUAGCUGGAAAUGGACCUUGGUCAGAAUGGAUGAAUGCCACAACAAUAUUAGUGUCACCAACGGCUAAACCAAACCCGCCAAAAGCUGACCCCGCAAGUAGCUCAUCGAUUGAGUUAAAAUUCAAGCCUAACGUAAUCGCUGAGGAAUAUGAGAUCGAGGUUACAGAUGAAGAUGACGAAGUUACCGUGCAAACACACAAAGUCAACUCUAGGGCUCCUCAAAGUACUAUUAUACUGAAUGGUUUAAAAUCAGGAACAACAUAUAGAAUAAGAAUGCGAGCCAAAAAUGCUAAAGGUGUUGGUCCAUGGUCAGAUGCUGUACAACAAACAGUAGCAGGUGAAAAAGAAAUAACUGGUCUUACCAAUGGCGAAAAAGCUGGCAUUGUCAUGGCUGCAGUGCUGAUAAUUGUAAUUGCCAUGUUAAUUGGCGCUUAUUUCUAUCGCAAAAAAUCUAGUGGCGGAAGUAGCAUCUCUAAAUCGGGAGAAAGAAUCAGUAACAGCAGUAGCAUUGAAAAUGGAAUGUCGAAUGGUUUUGAAAAUUCCGCGUACGAAAUGGAACAAAAAUGAUAACGGGAGAUAAAAAUCAUACAGUAGUAUCUGCUGUUUUCCGACUGGUCAGUGUCUCAAAGUACGAGGUUCACGAAUAAAAUUAUAAUUGUUUAAAGCUACACUGAUUAAAACAGCUAGCUGCAAACACAGUCGUUGUCCAAACCACGUGUAAAAUUGUAUUUAUUAAAACAUCUUCUACCAAUGGCUUUUAUACAGAUCUUUGAUAUGAAAAUUUUGUAAUAUAAACAUGUUAAAUAAAUCAGUUAAUGAAUGUCCAACAUAUCUCAAACA